UGUUGUGAUAAACUUAUUAAAUAGACUUGUAAUGCGUGAUAUAAUGGCUGAUGAAUUCUUGAAAAUUUUGCAACAACUUCUUUCAAGUGAUAAUGAUGCUAGAAAAGCGGCAGAGGACGAAUACGAUAAAGUAGAAAACGAACCCAAGAUACUGUAUCUACUUACCUCUUUUGAAAAUACCAAUCAUGCAAAAGAGGUUCGAAGCUUGUCUGCGGUUUUGUUGCGUCGCUUUCUCUCAGCCAAUUUUGACGAGAUCAACGAAAAGAUGACCGAAGAAUCUAAGUCACAGAUUAAGGAAGCCGUUCUGAAAUUGGUUCUUGCCGAGCAAGACGAACAGCUGUCUAGAAAGAUAUGUGAUGUGGCUGCCGAGCUAGCCAGAAAUAUUGUUGCUGUGCAACCUGAAGAUGGACCAUAUCCAUGGCAGCAGCUCCUGGAAUUUCUUUUCACUUGCGUUUCUUCAGACGCUGUACACCAAAGAAAUGCAGCAUUGUACAUUUUCGUCCAGUUCCCUGGUGUACUGGGGGAACAGCAAAACAGAUUCCUCCCAGAAAUCAAGACUCGUCUGGCAGUUUGUAUCAAGGACCAAAACAGUGCACAAUGUAGACUUUUAGCGGCACGAGCUGUGCUCGCGUUUGUUAUGUACAACGAAGGAGACAAAACAGUGACUAAGUUGUUUGAAGAUCUUUUGCCGAAUCUCUUGAUGGUGGCCAAUGAAACUGCUAGUGCGGGGGAGGAUGACUCAGUUUUGAAAGGACUGAUUGAUGUGUCCGAAUCAAUGCCGAUAUUUCUCAGACCUCACCUGGAAGCUGUAUGUCAAUUGUGUCUGCAGAUUUCUGCGAACACAGAAUUGGAGGAUUCUUGGCGUCAAUUGGCUUUCGAGUGCAUCACAACUCUAGCUGAAAAUGUUCCUCAGAUGUUGCGCAAACACGCUAACAAGAUCAUGCCGGAGAUUGCAAAGCGAGGACUGCAGUUUAUGACGGAAUUGGAAGACGAAGCAGACUGGUCUUUCCAAGAGGACAACGACGAUGACCUUGAUACAGUAGCAGUAGCGGGAGAAACAGGGUUAGACAGAAUAGCGUGUGGUGUUGGAGGAAAAGCAUUCCUUCAGUUCAUCACUCCAAUGCUGUCAGAGCUUCUGGCGUCACCGGACUGGAAGUCGAGACAUGCAGCUUUGAUGGCCAUAUCAGUCAUCGGGGAAGGGUGCCACUCCCAGAUGGAGUCUAUGUUGCCCAGAAUAGUCCCCAGCAUCGUGCCUUUCCUGGAGGACUCACAUCCGCGUGUCAGAUACGCGGCAUGCAAUGCUAUGGGACAGAUGGCAACCGACUUCAACCCGACAUUUCAGACCAAGUAUCACGAUGCUCUCAUGCCUAAACUGUUGAUGGUUUUGGAUGAUAAUGAGAAUCCAAGAGUACAAGCACAUGCAGCCGCAGCAUUGGUUAAUUUUUCCGAGGAGUGUCCGACGUAUGUGAUGGAACUAUACUUGCAGCAGAUUCUGUCGAAGUUGCAGGUCUUAAUUAAAGCAAAAACGGCGCAGUUGGGUGCUCCUGGCGCAAAGGCUGUGCUUGAGCAGUCAGUGACAACUCUGGCAGCUGUGGCGGAUGCCUCCAAAGACGCCUUUACACAGUUCUACGAUGCUUUUAUGCCGGACCUGAAGCUGAUCAUGAUCAAUGCCAGCAGCAAGGAGCUGCGCAUGUUGAGGGGCAAAACGAUAGAGUGCAUCUCUCUUAUUGGACUGGCAGUGGGCAAAGACAAGUUCAUGCAAGAUGCGUCUGAAGUGAUGGAGUUGCUCCUCAAGGCACAGCUGUCUCAAGAAGAGUUCGAGGACGACGAUCCACAGAUAUCGUACAUGAUGUCAGCCUGGGCGAGGAUGUGCAAGAUUUUGGGGGCUGAGUUCCAGCAGUACCUGCAUGUAGUGAUGCCCCCAUUGCUGAAGGUGGCACAGCAUAAACCAGAGGUACAGGUGCUGGACCAGGAAGAUCUCGAGAGCCAAGAGGACGAAGAUGGAGGGGGUUGGCAGUAUGUGAGCAUCGGCGACAACCAGAACCUUGGAAUCAGAACAGCGGGACUGGAGGAUAAAGCGACUGCAUGUCAAAUGUUGGUCUGCUACGCCAGGGAACUGAAGGACGGGUUCGCAGAAUACGUAGACCAAGUGUCUGAACUGAUGAUACCCUUGCUCAAGUUUUACUUCCACGACGGAGUCCGAUCAGCAGCAGCCGAGUCUCUUCCCUACUUGCUGGAGUGUUCUCGUCAGAAGGGCCCUGAGCACGUGGCUAUGUUGUGGCGCACGAUCUGCGACAAAUUGCUGGAUGCCCUUAAAGCCGAGCCAGAGAAUGAGAUCCAAUCUGAAUUGAUCACUGCUUUUUCCAAGUCAGUGGAGCUGUUAGGAGACGGAUGUCUGGAUGAUGUAAUGAUGAAUUCUACUCUUGAGACUAUGGAGUACUUGUUUGAGCAGCACUUCAAGCGCCAGACGGACAGACUGGAAAAGAGAAAAGACGAGGAUUAUGACGAGGGAGUUGAAGAGAUGCUACAAGAUGAGCACGAGGGUGAUGUCUACUUGCUGAGCAAAGUGGCAGACAUGAUCCAUGCCUUGUUCACUGUCUACGGGGCCAACUUUUUACCCGCGUUUGAUAAAAUUGUGCAGCACGUUGUGAAACUUCUACCAAAUGACAGACCCAGCACGGAUAGGCAAUGGGGUCUGUGUAUUUUUGACGAUGUCAUUGAGUUCUGUGGCCCGAGUUCAAGCGUUUACUCGCAGUGGUUUCUACAGCCCAUGCUCAAGUAUUCGAUCGACAAUGAGCCUCAAGUGAGACAAGCUGCCUCAUAUGGCCUCGGACUGAUGGCCUUGAAUGGAGCCCAACAGUAUCAGGAAGUGUGCAUCAGUGGGAUUCCGCUGUUGAAACAAGCAAUAGCACUGCCAGAGGCGCGUACAACACGCGAACACAUAUGUGCGACGGAGAAUGCAAUCUCUGCCCUGGCCAAGAUCUACAAGUUCUGUCUGCCACUGGCAUCCAACUCUGGUAUCAACAUGCAGGAGCAGCUGGCAGAGUGGUUCACGUGGCUGCCAGUGAUGGAAGAUAAAGAGGAGGCGGUGUAUGUGUACAACUAUUUGUGUGAGCUGGUAGAGGCCAAUGAGAUGGCAAUUCUGGGCCAGGGCAACAGCGGGGUGAAGAGGGUGCUGGAAGUGAUGGCAGACGCGCUGGCAGUUGAUGCCCUUGACGAGAGUGCUCCCACGACCCACAGGUGUGCACACAUCAUCCAGCAGAUCAAGCAAAACGAAGAAAUGUGGAACGUUUGUGUGGGAAGUAUGGCAGAAGCCCAACAACACGCUCUGCUGCAGUGUCUCCAGUCUAUCUCCGCAACAGCCACGCCCUCUUCUUAACUCACCUUCCCUACCCUCCCUACUAGGUACCUCCCACACCAUCCAUACAACAGCCGAGUGAGAGACUGUCAUAUCCGGUUUGAAACCGAAUAACCAAACAACUUGGCACGAGAAGAGAUCAAUGAAUGGCUAUGUAGUGUAGUCUGAUAUAACUGAAGGUCGAAUGAUUAUAAAGAUGCAUUUUUAAUUUUGUAAAUGACCAAUCCUUUAAUUGGACGUUCCUAAUUUAUCGUAACUUGAUCCUCACCUAUUCCUUCCUCAAUCAAUUCCUUUACAGUUUGAACUAUUAUAAUAAUUUGAAUUUAAAAGCAGAGUGGAAGAGGCGAGGGAUGUUUGCUCAAAUAAUUCUGUUGUGCUGAGUUUGCUAUCGUGUCUUGGAUUGUUGAUCUCGUUUCCAUAGUGUCGUAUGCUUGUCUCUAAUUUGAGCCAUUUGUUUUAACUUUCAAUUGAGAUGUGAUUUUCCUCCCAUUUUAAUGUUCCUUGCAGUUGAUCUAAAAAGGAGCUUGUCGACUACUGUGUAGUCUGUAAUAACAUAAUUUCUACGAAUUGUUCUGAACUACGGAUCUCAUUCUGUGUUUGGCGUCGUAGUCUCCUAAUGUGAUCUGUGAUCAUCCGAAUUUAGUUGGUCGUCGAUUGAGUAACACCUGAGAAAAAUUUAUUUUCCAAACUA